AUGUUAAAAGAUCAAGUGUUUUUAACUUUGAUACUCGCCAUUCAAGUUUUGGCAUUUAAUUUUCACAAUGGUUCAAUACAACAUGUUCAAAGUAUUCCAACUACAAAUAAUGUUAAAGUCCAAAAUUCCCCUGAAACUCUCUAUAAGUUCAAUUCAAAGUCACAAUUAAAGACUAAGCCACUGUUAUUAAAAGAUUUGAAUAGCGUAUUCCAAUUUAAGGAGGAAAAUCUGGUUAUUUCUUACGAUUAUAAGGAAAAAAGUUGGUAUGAAUAUGAGUUUGAUGAUAGAGCAGUGCUUGAAGUUUUUCCAGAUCUUGUACCUGUAACAAUGUGUUUCGAUAGUUUCAACGGUACAGGGGGAGGAAGUAUACAACAAAGCUAUUCAUUUUCCAUGACGUUUACAAAUAAGGUAUAUUCUGCAAUUAAAUUCAACGUGUCUGAUCUUACCAUUAGUGCAGCCUUGGGAUUUGAAUUAGCAUCAUCCGUCUCAUUUACAGGGUCUUAUAGUUGUGAUAUUCUGAAUGGUCAGUAUGGGCAGAUGUUUAUUGAACCAUUCUAUGUUGAUGUCCCUGAGGGAACUAGGCAAAAAGUUUAUUAUAAAGAUGGAAUUGUUAAGUAUGACCAAGUUCAAGAGAAGACUCCGUCUUUCAAAAUUCUAUCAACUUCGAACCCAAAUCAUUAUUGUAUUGUUGACACAACUCCAACUACAUUGCAAUGUGAUAAAACCAUUGGACAAUGGAAUCCACAACAGUUUAUCUAA